AAAGAGUUGCAGCUUCAUCGCGGAGUUUCUCUCGGUUUGUGGGCUCAUCUAAAGCUGAUCAUCAGGAGGAGACGAGCCAUUUAGACUCAGCUCAGCCACUACAGAGGAAACAAUGACUUCAACCCAAAAGGACCAACGUGGAGCGAGAAGUCAGCGCUCUCAGGAGGCCGACAAACCUCACAGAAGAAAGGGAGAGAAGAAACACACCUGUGACGAUUGUGGGAAGGGUUUUAUCAAGGCUAAACACCUGAGAGCACACCAACUCAUCCACAGUGGAGUUAAAGCAUACAGCUGUGACUUGUGUGAAAAAUCUUUCACCCAACUUGGACACUUAAAAACACACCAACUCAUCCACAGUGGAGUUAAAGCGUACAGCUGUGAUCAGUGUGGUAAAUCUUUUGCUCUCAGUUGCACCUUAAAACGUCAUCGAGUUACCCACUCUGGAAUCAAAGCGUAUAGAUGUGACAUUUGUGGAGACACUUUCAGUCGGCUAGGGACCCGAAAUAUUCACCAACGGAUUCACACUGGACAUGAUGUUUGCUGCUGUGUUCAGUGUGGGAAACUGUUUACAACAGAUGCACAGUUACAACGCCACAUGUUUACCCACAAUGAGGAGAGACCUUAUAAAUGUGACCUCUGUGAUAAGGCUUUUAAAGAGCCACGUUCCCUGAAAUCUCACCAACAGAUCCACACCAGAAAGAAACUCUACAAGUGCAGUUACUGUGAGGGCGGUGUGCGGGAGUGCUGUACGCCAAAUGGUAAAUUGGCGGACAGCAGACGGCGUCCCCAGGCGUUGAGGUGGAGCCCGUCUGCCCCAAAAAGAUGCCUCCUCUCCCAGAAGGCAUCAAAAUUGUUAAUAAAACCCACACUAUGGGAGACACAAGGGGAGGAAAGCCAGGUGUUAAGGCUGAGCAGACGGCUGAAAUGGCCUAUCCCUCUGCCUUCUGAUAUCCUUUGUUCCAGCUCGAUCACUUUUUGGCUCAGGUUGAUGCAGCUUUCACAACUGGAUGUUGAGAAGCAGAGCGACACAGAUGGAUCCAGUUCUCAACCCUGUCGUCACUGUGGUGGUGGGAAAGAGUUUCGCUGUGACCUUUGUGGAAAAACUUUCAGUCAUUCAAACACCCUAAAAAUACAUCAACGUAGACACACUGGAGACAAAAUGAACUACUGCAAAGAAUGUGGCAGCGGCUUCCCCACUAUAAGUGAAUUAAAAAACCAUGAACUUUGUCACAGUGGGGUUAAAAAGCACGUCUGUGACCAGUGUGGGUCAUCCUACACCUCUGCAGGUGAACUUAAUAGACACAAACGAGUCCACACAAGAGAGAAACCAUACAAGUGCAGACACUGUGACAGAAGUUUCUCGUACUCAGGGAGUCGUAACAAUCAUGAACGUACACACAUUGAAGGGAACUUCAGCUGUGACCAGUGUGACAAAAGGUUCGGUAAGCUCAGUUCAUACUCCAAACACAAACAAUCCCACGCUGCAAAUAAAUUGUUUCACUGUUACCAAUGUGCAAAAACAUUCACUUCAUUAUCUGCUCUGAGCAAACAUCAGCGUGAUCAUGAAAUCACUCCCAUCACUGGAUCACAAUGAAUCUGAAGAGACAGAAAGAUCCUCUUCUGGUUUCAGGGUCAGAGGUCUGAAAAAACAGAUAAACAGAUUUAUUAACUAUCUACAGCAGCAGUCCCCAGCCUUUUUUGCGCCACGGACUGGUUUAAUGUCAGACAAUAUU